AUGCCAAACACCUCCAACUCCCUGGACGACCUCCAUCUUCGAAGACUUCGACGUCUCAGAGGACAGCGGGAACCUCAGAACUUCCACACUCCUCCUACUCCAGAUUCGUCUCCCGAACGUGAAAACCAACGUCUGCCUCUUGCCAGUCAUCAACUCAAUACUCGCAGAGCACCUCCCAACCCCUCGACUCUGCCUGCGCCAACUCUGACUGCUCCUGUUCCUCGAAAUGUCUCGGGAGCUUCCCCAAUUCCCGAAGAAAUGAAAGAAAACACGUAUUACAUCUCUGUAAGUGCCUUUCACAACGAACACAGCGUAUACCCUUGCAUCCUCGAGUGCUACAGCGCUUCCGCCAGACUCUUGAGUCCUGGAGUUGUCAUAAAACACAACAACAGACUGGCACUUUUGAAACAAUGGCUCUGUCAUAUCUUCGAUACCAACCCAAAGUAUCCUCGCGUUUUGCUAGUCGACAACUUUCUCAGUCGGCUGGUAGGAGAUCUGUACAAUGAUCGGAGAGUUGCAGACGUGUUGAAAUCUCGAAAGCUCAAGCUCGUCUUUUUGAAUCCUGUUUUGUCGCUGAACAACAGCUUGAACAUCCCCUUCGAGGUAACUGACAAAGCCUUUAAGGAGUUUGUGACAGUUCAUAGCUCCCACAGCAUCCACGCCGUUGAUCUAUCUGCCCACACUGAAUGCUGUUACAAGAGAGCCGCCUCCCAGGGCUUCACCACUUUCAAUAUGCAGAGAGGAUGGACCUUUACAAAUCUAGAAAAGGUCUGGAAGAAGGCAGGGGUGGCGGAAAUGGACCUUGUAUCUGAGAAGAUGGAUAUCGAGAUGGAGAGGAUUCGAAUUAAACACGCCUGGGAGGCGAUCGAGAGAACGCAUACGAUGAUUGAGGAACACGAAAAGGAAAUUAUUGCGAAGUACCACCUGCAGAAGAGAGGAAAAUCUACACUCUGA